AUUAACUGAGCGAACCGCUAUUCUCUGCAAAACGAGUCUCAUCCCUUGCCCACUACCCGUUCUUGUCUGCGGGAACGGACGCCGGUCCCGCAGAACCGCAGUUGAUCGCCGUGGCAGAACGAACCCCCAGCGAAGCCCCAAUCUAUAGCCCAUCCGCCUCCGGCAGUCCAUCCUCCCCGCCGCUGCCGAUAUCUUCGAACCCCCCUCCGUCCCUCGAACCUCCGGCUUCAGUGCAACUCCCUCCACUCCAGAGAUCAGGCCCGGCGUCCUCGGAGGGAGUUCCUUCCACGACGACUUCGGAGUCCAGCUCCCAAGCCGCGGCCCUGUCCUCCGGUUCUAAUCCUUCGGCGCAGGUUCUCGGUAGGAGACAGAGGCCCGAGUUUGAGGAAGAAGGGGAGGGAGGAGCACACCUCUACAGCACAUCAGACGCCGCUGCCACCCGGUCGGCACCGAAACGAAUGCGCCGCGGAAGCAUGUUGCCGGAGCUCGACAAGGCAGGGCCCUCGGGCCGGGCCCCGCAACCGGUGUCUAAUGGGGAUCGGGCCGCCCGGGAUCAGCCCUCGGCGGGUUCAGGCGCGACGAACAAGACGUACGACGACGCCAUGCGCAGUGCCCGGUCCAACGGGGAUCUUGCGGACCUGCGGCAGGAGAGUUAUUACGGCCAUAGCCGGGAAGAGGUCACACGCAUCCUGAUACAGGCGCUGAGAGAUUUGGGGUAUCAUGCUGCGGCAGCCAGCGUCGGCGAGGAGAGCGGAUUCCAGGUCGAGAGCCCGGACGUGGUCGCCUUUCGGCAGGCCGUGCUGGGCGGAUCUUGGACCAAGGCGGAGGAGUUGCUCUGUGGCGGUGGCACUCGUGGGGCAGGCCACGGCUCUGGGAGCGGGCUCGUCCUGGCUCCCGGAGCUGACCGCAACGAUAUGAGAUUCAGGCUGCGGAGGCAAAAGUUCCUGGAGCUCCUGGAACAGCGCGAGACCGGCCGGGCGCUCGCUGUGCUCCGGCACGAGCUCACGCCCUUGUGUCAGGAGCACGCGACGCUCAACCUCCUAUCGAGACUCCUCAUGUGCCAGGACGCCGACGAUCUCAGGAGUAGGGCGGACUGGGACGGCGCGAACGGCCAAUCGAGGCAAUUGCUAUUAUCCGAGCUGUCUGAAUCCAUAUCUCCCUCGGUCAUGCUCCCCGAACGCCGGCUGGCUGUGCUAUUGGACGAUGUGAAACGCAGCCAGGUGGAAAGGUGCCGGUACCACACAAACGACGCUCAACCUUCGCUCUGCGUAGAUCACUGCUGCGACAGAAGUCGGUUUCCCUCCGAGGUCCUGGUGGAGCUGUCCCACCCGGGCCCGGAGUCAUCCAAGAAACUUGAUGAAAUCUGGCAGGUUCGCUUCUCGCCAGACGGUAAGCGCCUGGCAACUUGUGGAACGGACGAGGCAGUCUGCAUCUGGGACGUCGAGCGCCUCACCCUGUUCCACCAGCUCCACGGGCACCCGAAAGCUGGCGUCGGUAACGUCGCGUGGAGCCCUGACAGCAAGUUCCUGCUCACUUGCAGCCUGGACCACACCGCGAAGCUCUGGAGCGCCGAGACCGGUGAGUGUUUGAGAGUUCUCCGCGGGUUUGAAGAGCCGGUGAGCAGCUGCGUCUGGGUUGCCGACGGCCAGGCUUUCAUCACCGGGUCUUUCGACAAGAGCCAGUCGAUGAAGAUGUGGAACUUGCGCGGGGAUUGCGUCUAUUCUUGGCCGAAUACGCACCGGACCGCGGACCUUGCGCUCUCGCGAGACCAGCGCUGGCUAGUCGCCAUGGAUGAGCAGUGCACCCUUCACUUCUACAGUCUUCCGACCAGGGAACAUGUGUAUGACUUGACACUCGACCCAAGGGACACCUUGAAGGCCACCUCGGUCAGCAUAAGCCAAGACUCAAGGCACCUUCUCGUCAACCUGACGGACAACGAGGCUAUCUUGCUUGACAUGGAGACGCGUGAGACGGUGCAGAAGUACACGGGCCAUAAGGGUGGACAUUUUACCAUUAGGAGUGACUUUGGUGGCGCCAACGAGAAUUUUGUCAUUAGCGGCAGCGAAGAUGGCCACGUCUUCAUCUGGCACAAGGUGACGGGCAUCCUCGUCCGAGAGGCCGAAGCGCAUCACACAAGUUGCAACGCGGCUGCUUGGAACCCGACCGACCCGUGCAUGUUUGCCACGGCCGGGGACGACGGCAGGGUCAAGAUUUGGUCAAAUAGGGAGCGAGCGAGGGCAUUCGCUUCGGCAGCGCGACAAUCUAACGGAACCGCAGCCCGAGCUAGUAACGGUAGCAUGGCCUCGGGAGAGAUGUGGCAUUGACGCGACGCUGGCCCGGUCGCACGCGCGCAUGCAGACGAGAUGGUUCAUAAGGGGCGGCUCUUUUUCACCUUGACUUUCGCUUCUCCAACGGGAUCAUUUGGAGUACGGGACACAGCAUGGGGGCGGCGAACAUGGGAGAUAUAAGUAUGUGGCAGGGACGACGCAUUGUUUCUUUUUCGUUUUCUUUCGCCAAUGGAUAUGCUUCAUGAAGUAACGCUCCAUCUUUCUUGC